GAGCCAACCAGACAAACAGCGAAGGCGGAGUCUGGCUGCAGCAGCCCAAUCCGAGUCGCGCUCCAGGGGCAGCGGGUUGGGCUGCGGAGGGAGGGAUUGGUUGCGUCGAGUCUGUCAGGCUGAGGUGGGGUAAACACGCACUCGAGCUCCAGGCGCUGAAGGAAGGAGGAAGGGGACGGGCAGAGUCCUGGCCACUUCUGUUGUGGCGGCGGUGGCGUUGUUGUUGUUGAGGGACUCCGGCCGACGGACGAAGCAGCCGGCAAAAUGGCGGCCGCCGCCCAGGUGUGCGAAAACAUCCAGAUGUUGCUGGAGGCGGCAGAGUUCCUGGAGCGGCGAGAGCGAGAAGCUGAGCAUGGCUAUGCUUCCAUGUUACCCUACAGCAGCAAGGAUAGAGAUGCCUUAAAACGAAGGAACAAGUCCAAGAAAAACAGCAGUAGUAGCAGAUCAACGCACAAUGAAAUGGAAAAGAACAGACGUGCUCAUCUGCGACUGUGUCUGGAGAAGCUCAAAGGGCUAGUGCCUCUUGGACCAGAAUCCAGUAGACAUACAACGUUGAGUUUACUAACGAAAGCUAAAUUGCACAUAAAGAAACUUGAAGACUAUGAUAGAAAAGCAGUGCACCAAAUAGAUCAGUUGCAGCGAGAACAGCGGCACCUGAGAAGGCAGCUGGAGAAACUGGGCAUUGAGCGAAUAAGAAUGGAUAGUAUCGGAUCCACUGUUUCUUCUGAGCAUUCAGAUUCAGACAGAGAAGAAAUUGAUGUGGAUGUCGAAAGCACAGACUACCUAACAGGGGACCUGGACUGGAGCAGCAGCAGCAGCCCCAGUGAUUCGGAUGACAGGGGAAGCUUGCAGAGUGUGUGCAGUGAUGAGGGCUAUUCGAGCGCUGGCAUUAAAAGAAUAAAGCUGCAGAACAAUGUCAAGGCUUGUCUCAGCCUAUAAGGAGCCAGUAGCUUUCUGUCCAUCCAUUGCUGUUUCCUUGUUGGAUCUUACUAAGUAGUAUGUUGGACCGUCCCACAAUUCUCUUGCACGUAAACUUCUUGUACCACCAACAUUACCAAAAUCUGCUUUGCCUAAGUCUGAAAACAGUGCAUAGGGUUGUGGGUUACAAGCUACUCUCUGGAGCACACAUCUGAUGGCAUCCACUAGCUUCCCUUUUCCGUCAGUAAACUCAUCUCUGUGAGACUGAACAUUCCUACCAAAUUUCUAAGCACCCAAGGAUAUUGUUGCAGUAAUAGCAACUUACACUUUUUGCCUGUGCUGCUAUUGCUUGAUGUUCUAAAUUAACCUUUUCAUCAUGUGGGUGGGAGAAAGGGAGAACAUAACAUAAGCUGUCCAAAACAGCCAGACUAGCCACUAUUCCUCAAAUGUGACCUCUCUAGGAAGAACUUUUGCUUUCUUGUCAUUCAGAGCUGGAAAUUGGCAUGACAUGCAUAGAAGCAUUGUAAGUUUCUGCUAAGGAAUUAUGCAGGGAAACGUCCCAGCCAUUGUUCAGCAGUUAUUCUGAAGUGUCCCAAGUCAUUGCAUAGUGAUCUCUGAGGCACUCCUCCUGCCAGUACUCAAUCAAAGCUCCAUUUGGAUUUUAAGUGCUGAACCACCUUCUCAGCAGUAGCCCUAUAGAGCUAGGAUUGAGACAGGCAGCUGACAUACUAAAGCUAAGUUUGGCAGAAGUAUAGUAGGGAUAGAAUCGUGCUGUAGGCUCUUAAAAGGGUGCGGGGGAUUUUUUUACAUUUAGUUCAUUACCCUGGUAGGAUGCCUUCACUCAAAACACAUCUCAAUAUCUUUGGUAUCAAAAGACCAAAUGGUACUUUAAACUGCUCCAGUGCAAUUUUUAUUACGAUGUCUUUGCAUUGAUAGCUGCAUUUACCUUUUGUUCCCAGCAGCUUUUCUAGCUAAGUCCUGCUUCUUGUCUCUGGGACAAUUCUUUCUACCUCAGAGAGCUGAACAAAGCUGAUCUCGAUCCCUUUAGCACAAAAGAAUUAUGCCUCAUUUGUAUACUUGGUUCUAGUCCAAUCUGUUUACUUAAAAAAAAUUCAGCAAUAACCGAGUGACAAAGUUAGCUGUGCUAGCUUUGAGUUAAUGACUGAGGAGACCGCAUUACAGUAAUUCUCUGGUGUGCUAUCUUGGCAUUCUAGCACUCCCUUGCCUGUUCAAAUUAUUUCAUAGCCCUCUGACAGUGACUUGCGUGCGAAUUUUGGGUUUUUUGACUUCACUAUCUUUUCUGCCCCCUUUUCACCCUGUCUCUGGUAUCCUACAUCAACAGCAUUCUCACCACUACAUAGAGCACAUGCAAAUGUACAUAAUGUGCCCUAUGGAUAGUAUUUAUUCAUGUUUAUAUAAUGUAAUAACAUUCUUAUGAUUUCAUGCUUCUAUACAUGCUUAGGAAACUCUGUAUGUCAAGGUCUGCUGACGUAAGAUUUCCUUUCUCCCCUUCUAUUUACUUUGAAUAUUAACAUUGUGCCCACUUGGUCACCUCCCAGUGACUUUCAGUGUUGUUUCUUCGUGUGCAGCUUACUGUCCCCAAGCUCUUAGAGGAUACCUUAGACUGAGGCAGUUAAGCAACUUCAUGUCACUUCACUCUAAAAGGGCUAUGUAGCUUAUUUAGCUUCAAAAUGUAAUUCAUGCUUGCUUGCAUGAACUGAGCUGCCAAAAUCCACUAGGACACAAGUCGUUUCUAAAUAACACAAAAAUCAAAUUUGAUUUCUUCAAGAAGCUUAAAGCUAUCUUUGGAUAAAUUUUCAAGAUGGGAAGUGGGGCUAGUGGAUUGCUAAAGAUCUCCAAAGCUAUUUCUUUUGAGUGUGCUAUCUUAAAAAAAAAAAAAGCUGGAAUUUUCAGAUAUCCAGCCGACUUGCACUGAACUCCUAUUUGUUUGGAGGCCCUCCUGCAUUUAUAAGCUGGCUUUGAAUCCGAGCAGAAAACCCUUCAGAGAGCUAGCUCCCAGCCUGUAAACUUUAAAGAAGUUGAGUAGCUGCACUUUGAAGUCCUUCGUUCUGACAUGUUUCUUGCCUGAGACCUUUGAGCUUCUAUAUUUGUUAAUGAGUUGCAUAAAACUGCCUCACAAAUUCAACUCCAUGUUGCCACUUUAAGGUUCAAUGUAACUUCAGAUUUUUGGGGCGUUUUGAUGGGGUAAAUUUGGAUUACAAAUUUGUGUACUUUUCCUUAGAAGUAACGAGUCUUACGGAUUCACAUUAAUGUGUUUUAAUUGUUGUGCCUUUUAUGAGUUAAUUAUACCUGGGCAUAAUCCACUUCUAACUUCUUCUAGGCAAUGCCAUCCCUCCUUCCCUCCCCCUUUUCCCCCAAAUAAUUAAGUGGAUGGAAGUGGCAGAUAUAUCUAUGGUUGUAUGCAGCUGCUUUCAUUUUGGUGGACAUUGAGCAGGAGAAAUUUCUAGUGGAUUGUGCCCAUUCUCUUUUUAGUAAAAUACUGUGGGAUUCUUGUUUUGGGGGGUUGGGGGGUAGUCCCUAUUGUGAACCAGUAAUUAAUCUUUGCACUGUCUGGAUGUGGUCCUUUCAAAAUUUGGAUGGUACAGAAAACAUUGAACUUUGCAAAUGAUGCACUAAUGUAAAAAAACUAACCUAAGGAGGUUUGUGGGGUUUCAAAAGGAUCUGGGCAGAUAAAAUAAAUUGUCCUGUGGGCUCCAGGGACCUCUUUAAAUGUCUUGGCUAGGACUGGCCUUGCCAGCACCAAACAUCUGUGGUCCUCAUUGCUAUUCACCCAGCCUAUCCCUCAGAUAGUUGUACCCACUUCGGGGCUGGAGAAAUAGGCCCAGCUGUACAUAUGUCCUCCCUUAAUGUAGAAAUGCCUGCCUAUAGGGUUUGGGAGGUUUGUACAUGGUUGCAUAAUCACACAAAUCUCCUCUAUCUUUACUACAUGAGCAGAAGGUUUGUACACUGCCAGAGUGGUGUGGGAACACCCGUAGAGGCAGUAAGCAGCAAACAUGUCAGUUGUGUGAUGGGUAAGCUGGGCCAUAGUAGUGUAAUGUUCUGGUCCAGCCAAAAUUGCUCUUGAAUUCACUGAUCCACCAGCAUUAUUACUCAAUAAGCUGCAGAUACAUUCAUUUUGAAAAUUGUUAAAGGGGAACUGGGGUUGUUUCUGUGCCUGUGUUUACAGCUGGAAGCCACAUGUGUUAAAAAGGUCGCACUAUAUGCUGCUGCACUCUGUAACUUCCUGUGCAGAUGCAAAUCUGGGACACAAUUGGAAAUGGAAAUUCAAAACUUGUGCUCUUACUGAUCAGAAGUAAAUGUGGAUGUCAGGGUGACAGUCUGAUGUAGCCUAAAAGUAUUGUCUGUACCUGGUGGACCUUUCUCCUGAGUGUUGAACACCCAGAACUUUUAUUAUGGUAUUGUGUUUUUUAUAAAGCAGAGCUUUCAAGGUGCUGAUAGUCACAUCUAGUGAAUUGUUUUCCAGGGUUGGUAUGAAUAUCUGUAUUUGGUUCAAAUUCAGAGCACUUAUUUGAGAUGUCCAGUUAGGUGCCACAAACUUUCCCAUCCUCUUGUAAUAUUCCAGAGCUCUGGGCAUUAGCAGGCUGAGUUCUGCCGCUGCCAGGUUAGCACUUUGUUCUCAUAAUAUGGCACUUCUCACCUGCCCUUGAACCCCUCUCCCCCAAUCUGUUCUUUCUCUCCAGAACUAAAUAUCUUCAAUAGCGCUUACAAACACAGCCAGAAGGAAGUCCUGUGUUUUGGGGGAGGGUGGGAUGAAUGAUGGGGAGGGGUUUUGGUUUUUUUACAUGCUCACUGCCUAAUUAGAGUGAACUGGGGCCUCUGGUGUCCGCUCUAGCAAUAUAUUAGGACUCUGAGUCCUCCUUUUGCCCUCUUAGUAAGAAAUAUCAGGUUUUGACACUUAACUGUAUUGGGAUGAAUUCUGCUUUUCAUACCUAGCUAUACAUGUACUUCCCUAAUUCCAGAUAUUGUUGCUUACUCCCCUGCUGCUUUGAUCUGAAGUGAUUUUUUUGCUUUCUGUUGGUGCAAGUGUUUGGUUUCUAUACUUUAUGGCCACCUGAAGCUCUUUGAACAGCUAUGUGAAUGAGUGACACUUUUGGUUUGUCGGAAAAACCCCACAUACACAUUACUGAGCAAAGAAAAUCUUUCCAUGCUCCAGUGUCUGUAUACAAAGAUUGACUUCAGCAAACCUGUUUGCUUUUGAAUAUUGUGGUUUGGUUGAACAGCUCUUAAAGUCAGCUUGUACCUGGCUGCCAUCUACUUUACAGCUUAAAUGCACUUACUGAAGCAUAACCUAUUCCCUUCUAAAGUGCCCAAAGAUUUGACCAAUCGGGAGGAGUUCGGCUUUAUUAAUGUGCUGUUCUUUUUGGUUGACCUUGCCUCAAAGAGGUGCUCUUAACAACACUUGCGCUUUUGAACUCUUGACAUUAGUUUGGAGUCUUCCAAAUAAAAAUGCAGCCUAAACGGGGGAGCAGCAGAUGGGGAGAAAUAGGAAUUCAGUUUCCGGAUGUUCAGUUCCUAAUGUAAAUACCAUGUCAUUAAAAAUCCUGUGUCAAGACCAUAUAAUGGUGCUUUUUAUUACAGUUAGCACAUGCAUUUUUAGACAUUACAUGUUUUAGAAGACCUUGCUGUGUAUAUGUAUACUUCUGUAUUGUUCAACUGUUAGAAAAUAAAUUAUUUCAUUAUUAAA